UUGACAGCUCAAACGUCAAAAUGUGGGAGGCAAACAUAACCUGAAACUGAUAUCAUUUCUUUUACGUGUAAUUACUUUUUAUCACUCAAUGUUUUAUAAUGGAAGAUAAUUUAGGACCGUUUAAUAAAAUUUGGGAAGACACCUAAUAUGAAGAUUUAUUGCAACAUUGUAAUUUUUAUAAUUUCGGUGCUAGUUGGUUUAUUGUGCAUUUUAAUUUCUGUUAUACAAUAUUACUAUUUAAACUACAACUUUUACAAGAAACAUACGAGUUAUGCGCCAAUUUUCGAGGAUUUGAUUGCGACAGACUCGAACAACAAUUUCGCAUUAAGUUACACCUUUAACGCCAUUGAGGACCACUCAAACGACAACUUUAUUCUAAGUAAUUUAAACGCUCUUCUCGAAUCUCACUAUGUGCCAACGACUGGUAGCACGUACUUAGACGGGAGUCGAAAUUUUAACGUGAAAUCAACCUCCAAUUCGGAAGUUUUGAACAUAUUGCAGGCGGCUAUCGGGUUCCAACUCGCUGGGAAAAACCACAAGGCUUUGAAGUUACUGGAACAUGCAACGGCCAUCGCCCCGGAUAAUCCAGACGUUUUGAACUGGUACGGGGAGUUCCUUGAGCAAAUCCGACACGAUGUCGUGACAGCGGAUGAGCUCUACUUCAAAGCACUAACCCACUCUCCCACACACGCAGCCGCGCUCACCAACCACAAAAGAACCUCACCCGUGGUGGACCGAUUAGACUUGGAGCUUUUCAAAAGCAUAGAUAAAAAGAAGGAUUAUUUGAAGAAACAAUUCGAUAGUUACAACUUCGAAACUUUGAAAAAGCAGGCGUACUAUUUGCACAUUUACCACACUGUGGGGAUUGAGGGCAACACCAUGACCGUCGAGCAACUGCGGACUUUGCUGGAGACUGGUCAGGUGAUCCAAGGCAAGAGCAUAAUUGAACAUAACGAAGUACUGGGGCUGCAGCUGGCCCUCAAGUACGUGAAAAGUCUGGCCAGGAAGGAGUACAUCACCGUUGAUGACAUCCUCCAAAUGCAUAAACGCGUGAUGGGGCACGUGGAUCCCCUAACAUCCGGGAUUUUCCGCGAUACGAAAGUUUUUGUGGGCCGCCACAUCCCACCGCCGUCCGAGAAACUCCCAGCGCUGAUGGAGAGCUACGUGAAUUGGCUGAACUCGGACGAGGCCCGGAACAUGCACCCCGUGCGCUACGCCGCUCUGGCGCACUACAAGCUGGUCGACAUCCACCCGUUUGUUGACGGCAACGGACGCACAAGUCGGCUGAUCAUGAACUUGAUUUUGCUCCGGGGCGGCUACCCGCCCAUUAUGAUUUUGAAAGAGCAGAGGGAUCGGUACUACGAUGCCUUGAAUGUGGCCAACGUGGGGGACGUGCGGCCUUUCGUCCGAUUUAUAGCGCACUGUACGUUACAAAUCCUAGAUAUGUACAUUCACGGCACACAAAUGUUGGUGCUGGACGGGGACAGCACUGAAGGGACCCCGACCCCGUUCCUGACCUGACACUGUACCUAUACUGUUAAGCGGGUUGCAAUCAAACGAUUCGUAAAAAUGCGGUCAUUUUAUUAUGGUAAUUAUAAUGAAUGUUCAAGCUUGUUAUUUUAUAAAUUUAAAAGCAAACACAAUCUGGUUUUUAAAACAAACUUGAUGAAUUACAAGUAAUUAAUAACAUGUAUAUGACGACUCUAAAACCAACAAAAGUUUUUACAACCAACAAAAGUUUUUACAAGGUAUUGAGUAGAAGGAAAGCAGGGCAUUAACCGUCGUUUAACGAACUGUUUUCUCUACUCACAAACAAGGCCUCUUAAAUUAUGCACCUCAUGAUUUUGUAACAUUACUAAAGCGCUAACGUGAAACAAAGUGACGUGAUAGCCUGCAUUUGUUGUAAAAAAAAUAUAUAUAGCACAGCCUAAUAUUUAAUACAAAUUAAUGAUAAUGAUGGAUAAGUCGAAAUUUCGCACAUCGUCGGAAUGUGAUCCGAAUUAGUUGAAAUUAUUAAAGCGUACGUUACGGCCACGUCCCACCUAUUAAGAGGCCUCCAAAUAAAUUAAUUGCAAAAAUAAAAAAGGUAAUAAAUAAAAAUUAGUAUCAAAACAACAGCCUCAGAGAAAUAGAAGUCGUUUCCAAAGCGUGCAGUUCUUUUUGUAAAUUUGAAUAACAUAAUAAAUAAACAGAACUAGUAUAGA